GAUGCGAAUUGUGAUAAGAUGAAGGUGGCUGAUCGAAUAUUCUUCGACAAAACAACUCAUACUUGCUAUUAUGCAUUCAACUCGUCGAGAAAACUGCUGCCUUACCAUUCUGCCAAAAAGAAAUGUGAAGAUGCUGGGCUUCAUUUGUUGUUCACUGAGAGUGAAUAUGAACGACGGUACGUCGCUGAAAAAAUUACGAAGGUUAUCGGGACACACUGGAUUGGUGCAGAGCGACUGGGUUCUGAUUGGUUCUGGGUACACGGCUGUGAAGCAAUUGAUACUGUUAUCAACAUACCCUGGAGAUAUAAUCAUUCCGUGCAUUAUAUGCGAGCGCUUGUUUGGGGUGACAAAUGGCUUGGAGCUGGGCGGAGAAGACACGCUCGCUAUAUCUGCGAAGACGAACAAGUAAAACUAGAUAGCUGCCAAUAUUCACAGAGUUUCAAGAAGGCCAAAUCGGAUUGGUCCCUGUCAUCGCGGCAGCGAAGUUUCAAGGCGUUCCAUGCUGUGGACUGCGGCCGACUAUGUCUGGCGGAUGCGACUUGCCAAGGGUUUUGUUUCCAAAAGUGGGGUCAACAAACAUGCACACUGUACGGGGUAAAAAGUCACCAGAGGGCAGGUCAAGUGAAAUGCAAGGUCGCAAAUGAAUCGUGCUACAUUCGGGUGGAUGACUGCGUCGAUGAGUAAACUAUUCCGAAUUUGCUAAUGCAAACGUCUAUAAGUAUGUUUUCUGAUCAUGUGUCGUCGUGCAGAAUAUAACGUAUCACGUUCCUUCAAUAUAUAUAUAUUUUUUUAUAUAUAUAUAUAUAUACGAACACAAUAGCAUACGAAUGCGCAUAUGUGCUCGUGUGUGUAUAGCUGUUGAGUGCGCAUGCGCGACGUUUAACAAAAGUGGGCACCGGUAUUAUCAGCACUUACCAUAUAUUUCCAUCGAUAAAUUUAUAAUUCAGAAAUUGUUUUUUUUUUCUGCUUCGUCAUCAUUGCCUUCGUCAUCAGCACCAUCACUACCAUCAUCAUCGUCGUCAUCGUCAUCAUCAUCAUCAUCAUCAUCAUCAUCAUCAUCAUCAUCAUCAUCAUCAUCAUCGUUAUCAUCUUCAUCAUCGUCAUCAUUAAAGGACAAAACCGGAUGAUACUUUACAGUAUCAAUUUCGUUUGUCGCUUGUAAGAAAUUUUUUCAAACUUCAAAUGCUUGACUUUAUAAAACCUACCUGAAGCCUAAUUGAGGAAUCCUGAUGAAACAGGUAUAAAAGCUGACCAACAUGAUAAGAACCGCAAGGUUGUUUGGUAGAAAUAGCAGCAAAAUCUGCAUUCAGAUUACAUCCUACCGCAUUGAAAAACAAUACAGACACAUUGAAUAAUCUACGAAGAAAAAUAGGAUAACCAAUGAUGGCUCGUCUUUGAGCCUGGUUUACUUGGUUUGAGCUGAACUGGGCCUAAACAAUAAUAAUAAUAACGAUUGAUAGAUAUACAUGGUUAUCCAUCCCCGUUUUUGAUUGGACAAUUUGGGGUGAAUCAUUAAACAUACAAUUGACAGACAACUUCGUUGGAUCAUGUAGCUUCCAUGAAUGAUACCGGAUCUUGCCAGAACUAUGAAACUUGAAACUAUUUUGGCCACUAAGAGAAUGUAACAUUCGAGUUGUGACUCAAGAUUUGUUUCUUGCCUGUAAUGUACAAAUAACCAAAAUGCCAUUUUUAGACAGAUGUUGCAGCACUUACUCACUUAGGCAGAGAUUCUACGUUUUCAGAUGAUCCUCAAUGUCAAUGAGGACAUGAUUUUAUGCAUUGACAUCCUAAAAUGGUCAUGGAAUCUAGGAGGAAAAUAUCAAGUUUAAUAUUAUAGGAUGUGUCACACUCAAGAAUGAAAUAUGUUUGCUGUAUGUACACGUGAUCAAUAAUUAAUUUGUAAUUAAUUCUGAGUAUGUGAUUUUAUUAUUAUUAUUAUUAUUAUUAUUAUUAUUAUUAUUAUUAUUAUUAUUAUUAUCAUUAUUAUUAUUAUUAAAUAGAAUGAGGCGGAGAUCUGACAGAAUCGUUAGUAGUCUGGACGAUAUAUGCUUAGCAGCAAUUCGUCUGUCUUUACGUUCUGAGUUCAAACUCCGCUGAGGUCGACUUCGCCUUUCAGCUUUUCGAGGUCGAAGAAAAUAAGUUCCAACGAGCAGUGAAAUUGAUGUAAUCGACUUACCCUUCUCCUCAAAAAUAUUCAGGCCUUCUGCCUGUAAUAGAAACAAUAACUAAAUAAAACAAAGCAGUGAGCAAGCAGAAUCGUCAGCGCGUCGUUCAACACAAUCGUUUUAGCGACACAUCUUUUGGCUCUUUUUGUUAUAACUUCAAAUGCCGCUGAGGUCGACUUUGUCUUUCAGCCUUUCAGAAAUCGAUAAAAUAAGUACCAAUUGACCAGUGGAGUGGAUCUGAUCGACAUGCUACCCAAACCUAAAGAUUGUUGUCGUUGCCCAUAAUUUGAAGCAAUUAUUACUUAAAAUGACUUUUUAAAAUUUUAUUCAAAAAGGGCAGCCAUAUAUGAAGCUACUUUCACGUACGUAAUUAAUUCAUUAUAAAAACAUAUAUACUGUAAUAUAUACAUUCUUUCAAGCUGAGGUUUCAUUCCUUUGCUACUCCGAGUUUCUCAUACGUUCUUCACUUUUUUAAAAAUUUGAUACCAAAAAGGAAUGAAGCAUCAGCUUCAAAGGAAUGAAUAAAGUCAACUUUAUGUA